CAGCGCGCCGAAUGAAAACAAUGAAAUAUCCCAACCUAUCUGGAUGCAACAUGGCAGUUAGCGGCAGCAAUUCAGUGGACGAGGUCGAUUCCAUGUUCACGUCACCGUGCUGGCAAAACUCGAACGACACCUUCAUCGACACCAACAAGCUCAUUCUAGAGAACACCAUCAGCAAUCUCGGUUCCGACAAACUCCUACUAGACUCCUCCAUCCAAGAUGAAGCGGAAAUCGAAACUAAAUCGACGAUGGAAGCGCUGGACAACCUCCUGCUCAGCUCGUCGCAGACGCUCAGUCUGGCCGAAUUGAAACCCCUGCCGCCUUUCACGGGCUACACGGCCAACCUGAGCAUCAACGGCAUUCAAGGGCAUCACUACCACACGAUAUCGCAAAGGAUUCCCGAGGAGAAUAACAAUUACAGCAAUUACAGCGAACAAAACAUCGUUUCUAGUUCGACUUGCAAUAUAAACGCGGACUCGGCCGGAGAGAAGAGUUUGUAUUCGGUGGACGAAGUGGUGAAAUUGGGUUACGCGGACUGUGUCAGCGCCGAUUCGGUUUCUAGCGCGAUCAAAUACGAGGACUGCGGCCACUCGACGGUAGACUCGGCCACGCAAAUCAAGACCGAGAUCUCCGAGUACGACAUUUCAUCGAUCGAUGACAUCGCCGCGAUCAUCGGAUCGGCCAUAGCCGACACCACCGUUCCUAACAACAAUACGGACGAUGACGAUCCCAACGCCUCCAGGGACAGCUGGAUGGACCUGGAUGCGUGGAUCAGCGGGGCGUGCAGCGACCAGCAAAAAAGCGUCGUCAUCAGCCAGGACGGCAUUUCAGAGUUCCUCAUUCCGAACAACAGUAACGAUUACACCAAGUCUCAAUCGAUAAACGAGUACAAUAACAAAGCUCAAUCCCCUCAAGGCGGUUCGACUUUGCAAAGUCUCCUCACUCACGGGAACAUGCCGUUACUGCAGUACAGGCUCCAAAACGGACCUCCAGUUAAACAAGAAACCCCCAGUUCGACGAAUUACAGUGCAGAGCUAAUCACGACGUCCAGUCCACCGGCAAACGUUGUUUCAACGACGGACAAUCUUCUCUUAACGGUGAACGGGAGAUUUAUGCCCCAGUACAGCGUGCACACAAUGCACGACGAUCACAGGAUACGAAGUCCGGAACUGCUUGGGCAGAACUAUCCUCACACGACGACCACGACGCCCAGUACGACGAAGAAGUCGCGGAGGGCGCAGAAAAAGCAACAGGCUGCGGCGAAUGCCGCGGUGUUCUCUACCGAUCAGACGCUGGGGCUGUUGGGUAAAGAGAAACCUGUACAUAGGUGUAGUAUUUGUAAUCGAGGGUUCCUGAACAAGAGCAAUAUCAAGGUUCAUCUGAGAACGCACACGGGCGAGAAGCCGUUCCGAUGCGACACUUGCGCGAAGGCCUUUAGACAGAAAGCACAUUUGUUGAAGCACCAGCAGAUACAUAAAAGAAUUGGCAGAGAUUAGAUGAAAUU